AUCGAACCCAGGCCCUUCUUGCUGUGAGGUGACAGCGCUACCCACUGCACCACCAUGCAGGAGCUGGCUUCUGUACAAAACAACUGACAAAUUUGUGACUGCAAAGGUAUGAGAUCUUGCAUAUCUUCUUCCUCUUCUGAGCCAAAGUAUCUCACUUUAUAACCUCUCUUGGUGUGUGUGAGUUUAUUCUGCUGUAGGAGAAACACAGAGUCUAAGAUGUGUUGAGAGUGAAUUCUAAAUCUUUCAGUGGAGAAUCUAGGACUUAUUUGUCUCACCCCAGUGUGAGUGUGGAUGUGUCUGUAUGGCAUGUGUGGAGUGUGGUGUAGGACUAUCAAGUCCAACGUGUGCGUGUCUGUGCGUGUGGAGUGUGUAUGUCUGCCCCUACGUCAUCUGCUUCUUGGCUCCACACAGUGAACCGCUUUAAUGGAAUUGGAGAGAAGGUUUUGGUCCAUUGAGCUCGCGCUGGGACAUGAUUUAGUAGACAGCGACCCCUCUGCCUUCGUCUUGACCCCCUCUCCCUUUCUGCCUUCUGACUCUCUUCAUAUAAUUAGUCGUGAAGUGGGUCAUUAUACAGUAGCACUCCUCGCUCUUGUGCGUCAUUGCGCGUCAGGGUGAGUUUCCCCGGCGCGCGGAGGGGAACCUCGCGCAGCGCCUUUAAAGACGGGACGGGAAUUUUCUUCAGCAACUUCAUUCACACGCGCCCCGCAGAAAGAGACUCGAUAGGAGAAAGAAGCCGCUCAAUAAAGUCUGCAGUGGUCGAGGCUGAAGUGGAGCGCAGACGGUGACUGCGCAACCCCUCCUCCAUCUCUCUCUCUCUCUCUCUCUCUCUCUCCCCCUCACUCCCUCUCUCUGGGGACUUUUAGCCAGACUUGUGGCUCCAGUUUAGCGCGAGACGUCAGCGGCAUCACACACACGGCGCUGGGACUGAAGUGGACCCCCAAGCAGAGCGUGAUGAUGAAGCCGUCGUUGGUGGUGCUGGUGAGCUCCAGGUGGUCGUUGCUGCUGUUGCUGGUGGUCGCGUCGCUCGCGCUCUCGGCGCGCGCGGACUGUGGCGCGGACUGCGCGCGCUGCUCCGGGCGCCUGGGGCUUCAGCAAACGCGCAUCAGCUCCAUAGCGUGUGUGUUGCAGUGCGAGGGGCAUCUGAAUGUUGGCAGCUCUUGGGGCUUGUGUCAAGGUCUCCUGCAGGCCACCGAAAGCACACCUGAGGCAGAGCGGGUAACGGCAGAAAAUGAGCCCCAACAGCAACACCAGGAGGAGAAAAAGUACGGUGGCUUCAUGAAGAGAUACGGUGGCUUCAUGAAGCGUUAUGGUGGCUUUAUGAAACGAUACGGAGGCUUCAUGAAGAAGGCGGCUGAACUCUACGGCCUGGAGCCAGAUGACAUCGACCGUGGCCGAGAAAUCCUUUCCAGCAGUGAUGCUGAGGUGCUGGCCAAUCAGGUGGAAGACGACAGCGAGAAGGAGCAAGCUGCAAUCAGGGACUUUCGUAAUGCGAGGGGAGGGGCUGCAGGGUUAGAGGGCAUGGCUAAGCGCUAUGGCGGAUUUAUGAGGAGGGGUUAUGACCCCGAGGCUCAGAGGUUACUACAGAAACGCUACGGGGGCUUCAUGAGGCGAGUAGGCCGGCCAGAGUGGGGGGAGGAGAGCAAACGCUAUGGAGGAUUCCUCAAACGCUCCCCGCAGGAAGACGAAGAGGAGGAGGAGGAGGAGGAAGAAGAGGAGUCGUCAGAGAUGGAGAAGAGAUAUGGGGGUUUUAUGGGAUUUUAAAUUCCUCGCAGACUUUGAUUAGCCAUUAACUGUCGUGUUCUGUUCCACUCUGUCCUCCAACUCGUAGAAGUUACUCUAUGAUCACAGCAGAAAUAAAAAAGAAACACGCUUACAGUGCUGACACCGUGUUUAUGAUUUGUUCAUAAAGUCCACAUAGUGAUAAAUAUGUAUUAAGAACAUGAACAAGAUGCAAUCAAAGAGCAAAUACAGUGGCUUAUGGUGGGUAAUGGGAUUUACUUUCGACAGACGCAAGCCUGUGUAGCAGAAUUAGACAAUAAUAUGAUGAUAAUAAUAGUAAUUUCCGUUAUUAUCUCUCUGGUCUGCCCAUUUCUCCAUUUGUCCAUUCGCUCCUCUUUCCUCAGCCUCACCACAGUUAAAGACUUUUACGCCAAAUUCAGUUAGAGACUGAUCCGGUGACAGAACGAGGUAUGGCAGCUGACUAAAGAGGGUAAAACACAUUGUUUAUUUGUCCACAACAGAGUGAUUCCCCCCCUCAAUGCCUGUAUUUCUCAUAGUCUGUUGUUCUGAUGUCAGUCUGAAUUUGUCAUAUGCUGUACAGCUUGAAUAAACUGCUCGAAACUGCAA